CAAUUUGGUCGAGCUGUGAAGAGGACGUUGGCGGGUCCACAGAAUUGCAUUAGGCCUGCCUUAGCGCCAAAGUGGACCUCUUCUUGAAUACCGGUGGGAUUUAAACGAGAAAGUCAAGCACACGUUCUACCUUUUAGCCAUCUAAGCACACAAAAGAAAUGGCAUUUGAACGUAUUAGAAGCAUUCGUAGGAAGUGUGAGCAUUCCACGAAGUUGGCCCUGUUCAUCGUGUUUUAUACCAACAUGUUGGACAGUCUGUUGUUGACGGCGGUUGUCCCGAUCAUCCCUGACAUCUUGCUGGAUCUGGAUGAGGCCAACUUUCACUCCAGGAACAGGACCUUGUACAGAAAUGAAUCAGGGCAAAGCUUGAAUCACACCCAGAGCCAGUCUUUGACACAAAAAGCCUUCUCCCUGUCCGUCAGUGCUCUCAAUGAAAAUACUAAAGUUGGAUGGCUGCUCUCCUCCAAGGCGAUAAUACAGCUUAUAGCGGGACCUCUCAUCGGACCGCUCUGUAACAGAGUGGGUUAUCCCAUAGUCUUGUUCUGCGGGUGCGUGGUGAUACUGGCCUCAGCUCUAAUUUUUGCCUGUUCCGAGUUGUAUAUCCCCCUGUUCUUCGCCCGGGCCGUUCAAGGUUUGGGAUCCGCUGGCACCGUCAUAGCAGGGAUGAGUAUAGUUGCAUCUCGAUACCCGGAUGACAGAGCGAGAAGCGGAGCUAUGGGUUUAGCUAUGGGAGGAGCAGCAUUUGGAGUACUUGUUGGCUAUCCGUUUGGAGGAUUUAUGUACACGUUCGUGGGCAAAAUGUCACCAUUUCUUGUCAUAUGUGUCCUCAUAUGCGUCGACCUCGGAUUACAAUGGUUUGUCUUCAAUCUCUCAGUCACGACUGAAAAUGCCUGUCGAUCCACACCUCUCCACAAACUGUUACGUGACCCCUACAUACUGAUAGUGUCAGGAGUCAUCAUGAUCACGACGAUGGCCAUGUCGGUGUUAGAGCCGACGGUGCCGCUUUGGAUCCUGGACAAGAUGCAUGCCCAAAAGUGGCAACUUGGCAUAGUAUUUCUCCCGGACAGUGUUGGGUAUUUAGUUGGAACCAACUUCUUUGGAAUCGCAGCCAGAAGCAUAGGAAGGUGGAUCACCACUCUAUGCUGUAUGCUACUGAUUGGCCUGUGCCUCGUCUGUCUUCCUUUCGCAACAAGCGUACCCCAGCUUAUCUUACCACACUUUGGCAUAGGACUCGGUAUUGGCAUUACGGAUGCCGCCUUGUUUCCUCUGCUGGCGCUUCUAGUGGACACGCGCCAUGAUGCUUUCUAUGGAAGUGUGUACGCUAUUGCCCAACUCGCUGUCUGCUUGGCGUAUUCAAUAGGGCCAUCGGUGGCCGGGCAGAUCGUCAAGGCAAUUGGCUUUCCAUGGUUGAUACGAGGAACUGCGAUCCUCAAUCUGCUGUAUUGUCCCUUGUGCUUGUUCCUGAGAAAAUUUCCCAGGACGGAUGAAGAAAUACCAGUUAUCAUGGCCCACAAGACGGAAACCUACACGAAGGACACGGACACAGAGAACAGUAGCUUUUCCUACGGGCGUUUGUGUGAAGAUGACUGAAUUGUAAGAAGGGAUACUUGCACACUCUGAUGAAAUCUUCCCGUAAAAGGAAUUCUCGGAUCAAACCUCCAAUAUAUGAACGCCCACACGCUGAACGCCCACAGGCGUAAUUCUACAGGACAUUUUACAUAAUACACAUUGAUUGUUUGUUCUUUAAGGCCGCUCCGCAAAAUUCAAGCUAUGUAACUUUAGACUGUAAACAGUCAAACCUGGACCAGACAAUCCAGUGAUUGACAUUCUGCGCAACGUCCUGUCGAGGCACUGACACACAAUCAACCAAGUGGCCUAACCUGACCAUCCAAUACACAAGUCGCCUCUUACGAUCAGCAUGGGCUUCUGGGAAUCGCAACGAAGGUGUCAUAUAGUGACUAAGCAAAUGCGUCAUGUGUGAGAUAUAUAUCUAGAGUGUUUAAUGAUGUACUAAAUAAUUAACUUUAAUGUCAUAAAAUAAUGUCAUGGUUCAUGAAACAAUCUGCUUUUACAUAUAUAACCAAACAUUUAUGAGUUAUUAGUGUUACGUCAUGACUUUACGUUCUACUGUAAUGUGACCAAGUGUAUAUGGCGCUGCGUUUGCUAUAACAAUAAUGGUUAUUUACAAAGCGCUUGUUUCCACGUACUUGUGAUGCUCAAAGUGCUGAUGGAGUAUAACCCAAGUUGCCUGUAAGGC